AUGAGGCACAAAAAUGCAUAUAUAUUUAAGAUGUCUAAUUUGAUCAUUUUAGUGUUCCUUACUAUUUAUAUCCUCUUAUUUCACCCUACACAACAUAAAUCCAUUAGUGCUUACAUAAAUUUUACCAACUCUCAAGCACUUAUGAAAAGCACCCAUAAAAGAAAACUUGCUCAAAAAUUGAAGAAUCUGAUUCAAAAAAAAAUACUAGGAAAAGUUUUCAAUUCACAGGUAAAUGAAAAAGAGGUCCCUCAUGAAAAUGAAAAGGAAAUCCCUCAUGUAAAUGAAAAGGAAGUCCCUCAUGUAAAUGAAAAGGAAGUCCCUCAUGUAAAUGUUGAUGGUACUCCUUUAUACAACAAAACAUAUUUAUCACAUAAAGAAAAGAAAAUAGAUUCUCAAAAUAGGAAUAGACCUAUUAAUAGUAUAAAUAAUAAUGACGCCAAAGAAAACAAAAAAAAUGACUACGACAUAGUUGGGAACACACAAAAGAAGUACAAGAAAUAUAAUAAAAAGAGUAAUAAUAUAAAUGACCAAAAAAAGAAAUAUACAGUCAGAUUAUUUUUAAAGAAUAUUGAUGAUGAAAAAGUUGAAUAUAUUCAAAACCUAACAGAUGAAAAAAUUGAUAUAAUGAUUCAAAAUAUACAUGAGAAUAUUACUAAGGAUGAACUCUUUUUCAUAUGGACAAACGUUCGUUAUAAUUAUAUAAGAAAAUAUGUAGAUGUGAUGAAUGAACUUUGGUCAUAUGUAAAAGAAGAAUCAGAUAAAAAUAACUUUUCAGAUAUUGCUUUUAAUAAAGUAUGGUGGAAAUUAUAUCCUGAACUUAUUUCUGAAUUUAGAGAAGAAGACAAUAACAUUUAUAAUGACUUUUUAAAUAUAUUCAAUACAGAAAUAUGUGAUCCAGCUAUAUAUAUCAAUUUUAUUAAUAUGACGAGAAAAAUAUGGAAUGAAAUAAUUAGUGUCAUGAGAUAUAAAUGGAUUACAAUCAUUCCUCAUAAUUUCCCCCCAAGGAUAAAUAAAUAA